AUGCGUUUCGCCGCCACCUUCGCCACCCUCGCCCUCGCCCUCAGCGGCAGCGCCGUCGCCCAGAGCACGGAGGACGUCUCCGUCACAGCCUUCACCCUCCACAAGGCCGACGCAGCGGGCACCGUCGACGGCGUCUCGUUCAAGCUUGACGGAAAGGACGGCAAGGGCAUCGACUGCAGCGCGACUGCCACGCAGAUCACUGCUGGUGUGCCCACUGCCGAGUUGGCCUGCAGCAACAACAAGUACAAGUUCACCGUACUCCCUGGCACUGACGCCGCGACUUUCGGCUUGAAGAUCACUCACGACACUAUCUCCGGCCAAGGCAACGUCGCCCUCAACUGCCGCAGCGGCGGCGGCGCUGCCCAGGUCUGCAGCCAGACCGAGGCCGCCGUCAAGAUCAGCCUUAAGGCUUAA